CCUUCUUUCCUCUCUUGCUUUUCAAUCAUGGCUGCCUCUUUGUCUUCUUCUGUCACCCACAUCUCCGCCUAUGCUGCCAUUGACGCUGUCAUUAAAGAAGAGAUCCCGGUCAUCGACAUGUCCAUCUUAAGAAACGCGACACCCAAUCAACGACCACAACUCAUUCAGGAAAUUGGACAGGCCUGUAAAGAGUGGGGAUGCUUCUCGCUUAUAAAUCAUGGCGUGCCUGAGAGCUUACGAACGUUAAUGAUGGAAGCAUUUACUGAAUUCUUUGAUUUGUCGGAAGAGGAGAGAAGAGAGUAUUUGGGUAAGAGGAUAUUAGACCCAAUCAGGCAUGAGAUGGGCAUUUCAACAACGGCGGAGGGGGAGAAAUAUUCGAGAGAUUUUGUCAGGAUUUUCGUCCACCCGGCCAUGCACUCCCCAUCAAAACCUCUACAUUUCAGAGCAAUAUUAGAAGAAUAUGCAAGACAAACUAGAGAGAUCGCCAACGACCUAUUGACCGCCAUUGGAGAAAGCUUAGGGCUCGAUGAAAGUUACAUGGAGAAGGCCUUAGAUCUUGCAAAUGGCCAUCAAAUUCUGGUUGGAAAUCGCUACCCUCCAAGCCCCCAAGCACAUCAACUAGCUUUGGGUCUAUCUGCUCAUUCGGAUACUCCUCUACUCUCAGUUGUCAUGCAAAACGGCAGCAUUCACGGCCUCCAAGUAAUGCACAAUGGACGGUGGAUCCCUGUCCAGCUCAUCCCCGGCUCAUUCUUCAUCCAUACAGGAGAUCUCUUGGAGAUAGUAAGCAAUGGGAAGUACAAAAGUUUGCUGCAUAGGGUUAUGCUGGAUGAGAGGAGCACGAGAAUCUCUGUUGUGACUGCAAUGGGGCCGCCGGUGGAAAAUAUUGUAGCUCCUGCGCCUAAGUUGGUUGAAAUUGUCAGCAAAAACUCGGUUUUUCCCAGCAUCAAAUACGUGGACUAUGUUGAACUCGUCAAAUACAAUCCAUUUGGGAAAUCGGUUCUCGAUCUCCUUAGGAUAUGAACAUGCAGCUAUUGUAACAAAAAUAUUGGAGGACUUCUAAUAUAAGAUAUGUAAGAAUUAU